AUGACCAGCUACUUUCCACCAAGUGGCAGCGCCAGCAAUGGCGCUAAUACGCCGUCAGCGUCAUCGCCAUUGUCUCCGCCCACACAGAGAACUACUGCCCUCACCAAUAGGUUGACAACGGUUCUGUCGGCCUCAUACGCGGACUCGGACAUUAGGGAUUCCCUUGAGACCUUGAGCCUACGGGGAAUCCACAACUCCGCAGAAACACGGCGUCAGCUAAGACUCGAUGUACAGAAGGAAGUUGUUGACUGUAAUGCGGAAAUUGUCAAGGAUUUUGGGAAAGUCGCGGAGCAAUUACAACGAAUUGGAACAGUAAUAUCAACACUGAACCAGACAUGCGAUGACAUGCGCAAACGAAUCAACCUGGCGAAGCAGGAUACCACUCCUAUGCUCGAGGAGGCUGCCGCCCUGAUGGCGCAGAAGAAAGAGACCGAAACGAAACAACAGCUUUUGCAAGCCUUUUCCAAGCAUUUCCUGAUCCCCGAGGAAGAUAUCUUGGUCUUGACCUCGGCCGAGGAGCCUGUCGACGAGCGGUUCUUUGAUGUCUUGGCCCGUGUCAAGCAAGUACACCACGACUGCGAAGUUCUUCUCGGCGGUGAGAACCAGCGAUUGGGACUGGAGGUAAUGGAAUUGAGCGCUCGCAAUCUCAAUUCUGCAUACCAAAAACUCUAUAGAUGGAUACAGAAAGAAUUCAGGUCUUUGAAUCUUGAGGACCCUCGGAUCAGCAGUUCGAUCCGCCGCGCUCUGCGAGUGCUAGCAGAGCGCCCGAGUCUCUUCCACAGUUGCUUGGAUUUCUUUGCGGAGGCACGGGAUUAUAUUCUGUCUGAUGCCUUCCACUAUGCCUUAACUGACGCCAUCUCCGGAACCAGUGGGCCGAAUACCGGGGGUGAUAGCACUGUCAAACCGAUUGAGUUCUCAGCGCAUGAUCCACUCAGGUAUAUCGGUGACAUGCUUGCUUGGGUACACUCUACAACAGUGUCGGAGCGAGAAGCCCUCGAAUCAUUGUUUGUUGAUGAUGGGGACGAACUCGCCCGAGGCAUCCAGGCGGGUCUGAGUAGCGAGCCCUGGUCACGGAUCGACGAGGACCAAGAAGUUACAUUUGACGGUCAGAAGGCACUGAGUGACUUGGUAAACCGUGACCUCAAUGGAGUAUCUCGGUCUCUACGACAGAGGGUUGAGCUUGUAAUACAGAGUCACGAGGAUCCCGUUACUUGCUACAAAGUAGUGAACCUGCUGUCUUUCUACCGCACGACGUUCUCCAAAUUACUGGGCACGCAGUCCAACCUCGUUGAAUUGAUCCAGAGCUUGGAAAAAUUCACUCUUGGCCACUUUGAGACUUUGAUGCGUGAUCAAAUUAGCGCAUUGGCAGGUGACACUAUCGCCCUGUCUCCACCAGACGAUCUGUCGCCUCCACAAUUCUUGUUGGAUGCACUGGAAAGCCUCACUUUGCUUAUGAAGACCUAUGAGGCUUCUGUUGGACCAGAAGAUCCUACUUUGGACUCGAACAAUGAGAAUCCAUUCACUUCAGUCCUCCGGGCCGCCUUUGAUCCAUUCUUGACACUGGCCCGAUCUUCAUCGGACGAACUCAAGACCACCACGGCACAGUCCAUCUACCGCACAAACAUCCUUCUUGCAGCCCGCGAAGCCGUAUCGCCCUUCCCUUUCGCCAGCUCCACGCAUGUUCCUCCCCUAUCUGCGGCCUUGUCAACUCUACGCAAUGACCUCCUCGACACUCAACAUGACUUCCUUCUUGAAGCCUCGGGGCUUCAGGACCUUCUAGAUGCCCUAGAGCCCUUUUCCAAAACCGACAAGGAUCCCGAUGCUCCCGAGAACACAACCCAGAAAUCAGAACAGCAGAAACCUCACCUGGCUGACCUAACUGACCUCCCUGCUUUCCAGCCAGAGUCCUUGAUCACGUCCAGCCAGCAACUCGAUGACUUCCUCCCAUCUGCACUCAUGGACGCAACCGAUAAUCUCAAGCGGGUACAAAGCGUUUCCCUUGUGCAGAGUGUCACCGAGGAUGCCGUUGAGGCAUUCUGCCGGGACUUUGAGUUUGUUGAGGGUAUGAUAAUUGCCGCAGAUGAAGCUAGAGGAACUGUCAAUGUGGUUGUUGGCACUGGGGGCAGUGUCAGUGGCCAGAGUGGAAGAUCAGAAGGCAACACUAAAACGAGUAUGAAGGACGACGAAGAAGCUGAAGAAAGGGAGGAAGAGAAAUGGAGCUUGAGGUCGCUGUUCCCUCGGACGACUGGAGAAAUCCGGGUUUUGUUGAGCUGA